AAAAAAAAAAAAAAAUUGCGCGAGCGUAUCAGAUCCUAAGAAGCUACAAGCCUGCAACGAAGUACAUGUAUCAAUCUCGUUUGAAAGAGAUUUGCUCUUUCGAAUUCCUCGUCUCCCCCCGCUCACGCGUGAGUUGCAUUCCACUCGAUGGCUUUCGGGUGCUUUUUCACCUGGUCGAAAACACGUAGCAAAUUCUUGUACGGGUCGGAGAUGUUUGUAGGGAUGCCAGGUUUGCCAGCUUUCAGGAGGAGGAUCAACGCGUACAAAGCCAAGUCAGCCACCGUCAACGCCGAUCCCGUGGCGUAUUGUCCCUUGAAUGCAUCGACACGCUUCUCUAGGAAGUCGAGUGUCUUCGGGAUAAGAUCGUUUGACAAGUUCUUGCGCAUCAUUUGCUGCUUAUCCGGGCUUCUCUCUCUGACAGUCGCGCGCCACUCGGGGUUGUUAAACAUUUCAUCGAUCAAAACGAAGAUUUCAUCCACAUGAGAAGCAGCGAGCAGGUCCGUUGGAUAGAGGCCAGUGAGGCUGCCCACAUAACGCAGAAUAGCCAACGACUGCGAUACGGGCUCGCCAUCGACUUCCAGUACAGGUAGCUGGUUGAAAGGCAGCUCGGACUUGACCUUCUCGUACUCAUCAAACGAGAGUCUCACGUCCUCAAAAUCAAUCCCGCCGAUGAAGAAUGCGAGGCGAAUGGGCUCAGCUCGACCCGCGACUGG